AUGGUACAAUUGGUGGACGAUUUGUUCCGCAUGCGGAUGCUGAUGGCCGGCGUAUAUCUUGGGCUUGGCAUUUCUUCCACGUACGGUUUCAGCAUAUUUACGGAUCAUCUGAGGCACAAGUACGGGUAUUCGCAAAGCGACAUCACGACAAUCAGCACGGUCGGGAAUUGUGUUGGCUACUGCAGCUUUCUUGCUGGAAUGCUGUUUGACUACGCGGGUCCCAUGGUUGUGCUUCCACUUGGCGGACUUCUUGGAUGUCUGGGCUUUGUUUUGUUUGGUCUCACAUUUGAUGGUUACGUUGUGUCGAAUCCCAGCGUGAUCCACUUCUCAAUCUUUAAUGCCAUCUUGUAUCUUGGCUGCCCGUCGAUGGAUGUUUCUUCUGUCAUGCCGCUGAUGCUGCAGUUUCCCCUGGAGCGCGGCUAUGUUGUUCUGAUCAUGAAGACGUUUAAUGGGCUUGGGACCGCUGUGCUGAUGGCGUAUUUCAACGGCUGGUUCAAGGCGGCGAACUCUGAUCAACCUGAGGACAACAACUACUCCGGCUACGCGUACUUUGUUGGGGGUCAGAUUCUGCUGUGCUCUCUCAUCGGCACGUACUUCACGCGGUUGCCGAUGUACUUUCCGUGCUCGUGGAGGAAGAAGCGUCUGAGCAGCGAGGAGGCGGCGGAGCGCGAAAAAACGCUUGACCUGUACAUGAGCCAGCAGGCCCCCAUGCGGCGUCUGCGGAUCGGCGUUAUGCUUGUCGUCGCCAUGCUGAUCUUUUCUACUACCCAGUCGAUUGCCACGGCGUACGUGGACACGUCUCAUGUGGGCUACUUGGCGAUCUCGAUUGUGGCGGUGCUGUUGAUGGCAUCGUUCUCCGUGAUUGCGAUGCCGUUCCAGUUUUUGGGCCGCUACACGCCCGUGUGUCCCACGCAUAUGGAGGGCAUCGGGAAGGCGACCACGGGGCUGGAGCAUGAGCGGACAGGCGAAACCAUAUGUGAAGGUGCUGUGGCUGACGGCAACGACCUAAGAGCGAAUGUGGUGGCCGUACCAGCGCCGCAGUACAGUGGUUCCUUCUGGUCCCACCUGCUCACCGUUGACUUGUGGGCGGUGUGGCUCGCUUGUUUCGGCAUGUGGGGCACUGGCACCGUGAUGCAGAUGAACGCUGCUCAGAUCUAUCGCAGCAAGAACAACGGCAAGUUUGACACCCGAACGCUGACGCUGUACGUCGCCAUCAUGUCUGUGGGCAGUGCUGCUGGACGCAUGGCCAUGGGGUAUCUCGAUAUGAAGUUGUCCGCGUUACAGCGUGCAGGCAAGACAAGGACACUGACGACCAUUGCGCUUCCCAUUGGUCCCCUGUUGUUGGUGGCGGCUUACCUCUUCUUUGCCGUGCUACCGGGGAGUGUGCUGCUGCUGCCGUUUUUGCUUGGAGCCAUGGGCAACGGAGUUGGCUGGGGUGUGGGCGUGAUUGCUUUACGGAUGAUGUACUCUGAGGAUAUUGGUAAGCAUUAUAACUUUUGUUUCACGUCCGGUGCCGUCGCGACAAUUGCACUGAACCGCUUCAUGUUCGGAGAGAUGUACGAUGCGGAGGCGCGCAGGCGCGGUGAGUUCCCCUCAUGCAACCGCCCCAGGUGUGUGCGAAACCAGAUGUUUAUUUUGCUGGUUGUGAACGUGGUCGCCACACUCGCCGCCGCUCUUGUACACUGGCGGUUUUCGCGCUUCACUCGGGCAAGGCUGGAUGAGCGGGAAACACCGGACUCUCUCCAAGACGGGAAGGAUAUGAUCGGAAUGGGGUCUUCCGAGCCGAUUGCUGAGGAGGAUCAUCUGCAGUCAUAG